AGAAACUGACUUAUUAUAGUGGGUAGCCAAAACAAUUGUAACAACGCAAAUACAGAAUAACGAAGUAACGACAAAGACUGUUGUAAUUUGAAAUAAGAUCAUAAACAAUUUAGUGUACAAGUCAGAAACAUGUUCGUAUUAGCAUAUACAAUAUUCUGUUUCUACAUACAGGAUAACUCGGCAACUUCCUCAGAAGAAGUCGUAUGCAGCAACAAAUUUAAUUGUGAAUACAAUGUACUGCGGAAACUUAUUCGACUUGAGGACAAAACUGCUCAACAGGACAUAAAAAUCGCGUCUUUAACAGAUGAACUAAAAGAUGCGAAAGACACAAUAGCUGAAUUAAAUGAAGCCAUUGUAUCGUACCAAGAGUCUGUUGACGGUACAAGCUACAUACGCUGGGGACGGACCACUUGUCCUAGUACAGCAUUUCUGGUAUACGAAGGAUACGUUGCUGGAUCUCACCAUUCUCAUAGCGGAACUGCCGUCAAUCCAUUGUGCCUGCCUAUGGACCCUAUCUAUGACAAAACUACCAAUGGUUUUCAAAGUUCUGGUAUCAUUUAUGGGGCUGAAUACGAAACUAUCUCAUACAGUGCAUGGACCUACCUCCAUGAUCAUGAUAUUCCAUGUGCAGUUUGUCGCAUUCCUCGUAACAACGUCCUUAUGGUGCCUGGAAAAAACGAAUGUCACCAUAACUAUACUCUGGAAUAUAAAGGCUACCUGAUGUCAAGUCACUAUAAACACCAUGCGUCUGAAUUCAUAUGUGUUGAUGAGCAACCGGAAGUAGUACCAGGUACCCAUGGGAGUCAUAAUGGCAAACUAUUCUAUUUUGUAGAAGGGUCAUGCAGCUCACUAAAAUGUGACCCGUAUAAAGAUGGCUGGGAAUUUACAUGUGCCGUGUGUUCGUUUUCACCUAGUUCUAAGCAUACGAGUGUACAACCGUACAAUUGACUUUAUUAUAUUAAUUUAUUGUAUAACGACUCUCUUUUGUUGGUUUAACAUUCUUCACCAGUGGAUUUAUUUAUAUAUUUUUUAAUUCUUACAACAGAUAUAAGGUUACAGGACUCAAAAAUACUGCAAGAAGUAAGUAUGGACUCCACGCUCUCAACAAAAAUUACACAUUUUCAUAUCUUGGUUUUGUUUCUUGUUCUUCAGAUACUUUGAUUUACGCUAAUUUAAGUAUUUCUGUCAAAGAAAAUUUACUAGAGUUUCACUUAUGUGAAUUGUUUUAUGGAUUUCCAUAGAACUUAUGCUCAUUUGUAGACCUAAAACAACUACACUGUAAUAAAAAUAUUGGUCUUGAAGAUAUAAAAAAUGCCUAACGAAUAUUUUAUAGUGUUUUGAAAUUCAACUUUAUGGAAAUCUGGCCGAAAUGGGACUUUGUUCACAGAAAAAAGAUGAAAUGAAUUUUACCUCAAAUUCAUUAAUUUUUAAAAACGAAUUGUUUAGUAAGUAUGUUAUGCAGUUAUGUCCUAGAUCCUUAGUACAGCUACCGUUUAAAGUAUUGAAAUAUUGAUAGAUCAUUGAUAUAACUUUAAAGAAAAACAUUGACUGUGGACUGAAAUUGUAGCUAAGCUUACAAUGAGCAUCAAAAUAGAGCUUAAUGUUUUCUCAGACUUCAGAAUUUGACAAAACCUAUUUUUUUCGCUUCCUUUUGCUACAGUUCUAUUCAAAUCUGAUUUCCAGAAAAUGAAAUGUUCAUAACAAGGUUCAUUAUUUACUCUUUUACUUUUAUCUGGUUGCACGAUAAAUCUAUAUACCAAUUCAAAGUUGACGUAUUAUUCAAAUUGUUCAAAACUUUGUCUCAAAAAUUGAUAAAAGUUAAAAUAAUAUAAUUUUGUUCCUUUUUCCCUAAAUUAUUUUGGCUAAAUAUAUUGAUACGUUUUGCUUAAAAGUUGUUGUAAAUAUUCGUUUUGGUAUUGUAGGCUACAUAUUUUGCAUUUUAUUUAAAAUUAAAAAGAAAGAUAAUGUCUCUGGUUUUUGAUAAUAUUAAAAAGUAGUUUUGUAAAUUUACUGUGUAAUUUGCUACUCAGUAUAUUGUCUCGGGCUUAGA